CACCUAGGCGGGGGGGGGAAAAGAGAGGAAGAGGAGGGCCCCGUGUGCCAGGCUCCCCUAAGGAAGGACGACGGCCUGGUCCGCCAUGUAAGUCCUGGAGCGACUGACGGCGACCUUUCCGGACGUCUUGCUUGAAGAUUUCGCCCGUCCACUCCAUUCCCGGAGCGGCGUUGACAAGUCUCGUUCGCCUUCGAUCCGGGCUUCUCCGUGACGUCACCCGGAGGCACUUCCGGGCCUCCGCGCUAGUGGGGACUUAUUUCACGCACCCGGCCUGUCGCUCCGAGCUUAAGCUCGACGCGGGGCGGGCUGGCGGGACUUUUUUCACGCACCUGGCCUCUUGCACCCGGGCGGGACCUGCAGGCGGGCGGCUGGUUGAUGGACGGGGCCCGGUCCUCGGGGAGGACGGAGCAGGACCGAGUUGGACCGCCGUCGUGAUGGGCAUCCGAGGACUCAUGAGUUUUGUGGAAGAUCACAGCAACGAGUUCUUCACCGAUCUGAAGCUUCGGGACACCAAACUCGUCAUCGACGGCUACGCUCUUUUCCACCGACUGUGCUUCAAUUCCAACUUGGAGCUCCGGUAUGGGGGGGAUUAUGACUCUUUCGCAGACGUCGUCCAGAAGUUCUUUGAAUCUCUGUUCGCUUGUAACAUACGCCCGUACGUGGUCUUAGAUGGAGGGUGUGACAUCUCAGAUAAAAAGCUGACAACCCUAAAGGAUCGACUUAGAGAGAAGAUUCAGGCAGCCCAUUCUCUGUCGGUGGGUGGGGGUGGCUACGUGUGCCCAUUACUCAUCCGGGAGGUGUUCAUCCAGGUGUUGAUCAAACUGCAAGUAUGUUUCGUCCAGUGCUUUUCCGAAGCUGAUCGGGACAUCAUGACCCUCGCCAACCAUUGGAAUUGUCCUGUGUUAUCAUCCGACAGUGACUUUUGCAUCUUUGACCUCCAUACUGGGUUCUGCCCGUUAAGUAGUUUUCAGUGGAGAAAUAGGAACGCCCUCAAAGGCACCCAGGACUAUUAUAUUCCUGCCAAGUGCUUCUCCCUGGGGGCCUUCUGCCGUCACUUCCGCAACAUGAACAGAGCUCUCCUGCCUCUCUUUGCCGUGCUGUGUGGAAAUGACUACGUCAGUCCCCCCUUUGUGGAUGCCUUCUUAAGUAAAAUACGUCUCCCUCUCCAGGCCGGUUCCAAGGGGAGGAGACACCACCGAAUUCUGGGGCUUCUGAACUGGCUGUCGCAUUUUGCGGACCCCGCAGAAGCCCUAGAUAACAUCCUGAAAUACCUCCCCCAAAAGGGUCGCGAAAAUGUGAAGGAACUUCUCUGUUGCUCCAUGGAGGAAUACCAGCAGUCCCAGGCGAAGCUGCAGGACUUCUUCCGGGACGGUGUUUACAUCUGUCCUGAUGCCCGGAAUCUAGGCUUACCAGAAUGGGUACAGGUGGCUUUGGCCAAAGGCCAGCUGUCUCCUUUCAUCAGUGAUGCUUUGGUGCUAAGACGGACCAUUCUGCACACCCAGGUAGAGAACAUGAAGCAGCCAAAUGCCCACAGGACAUCUCAGCCCAUCCGGCAAACCAUGUACGGACUCCUGUCAUAUCCCUCGGCCCAUCUGGAAAACCUGUGCCGGAAUGGAGGCCUGCCUCCUCGGCCUGGAGCUGUCAGUGAAGUAGAAAGGAUUCAUAAAAACAUCAAAACAUCAGUUGUUGGACCAGCAAAACUGCCCGAGGACCUCCGUGACUUGGGAAAAUUGGUGGAGCUCCCCUUGCUUCGGCGGCAGAGGCUGCUGUUGGAAACCCUCGGGGUGAACCGGACUCUCCUGGAGCCGAUCCCCGCCGCCCUGCAGCUGCCCGUCGCCGUCAGCUGCUACUGGCUGCAGCACGCGGAGCCCAGGGCAGAGCUCCACCACCUGCAAGCCUUGCUGCUGGCGAUACUGACGGGGCCCCUGGGCGCCAUGGCCCGCAACCCUGGGAAGGAGCAUGCGCAGACAGGCGGGGCCCGGAUGCUGUAUGAAGAGCUGCAGUCGGUGAAGGGGACCCCGGGUGCACUGCAUCUGGACACGGCUCACCUCCUGUGCCAGUGGCAGAGCUGUCUCCAGAUGGGUCUGUACCUGAACCAGCUGCUCGGCAGGCCCCUCCCCGAGCCAGACCUGACUCGACUGUACAGCGGAAGCCUGGUGCACGGGCUGUGCCAACGCCUGCAGGCCUCGGUCUCCGUGGAAGGCCUCCUCGGCCCCUGCCCCGAGGCCGAGCAUCUCUACCAGCAGCUGUUCACUGCCACCAAGUCCUGUGCCCCGGCUGAAUUAUUCUUACCCAAGCGCAAACCAAGCUCCAGAAGGGACAAGCAGAAGAAGAAGGGUACCGGCCGAUCCAAGAACAGAGUGGGCGCCACCCCGCGCGCUCCAUCCUGGCGCGACGGAAGCAAUCGCUUCGCGCUGUUGAUGUGUGAAAGCCCCGAAGCGCACGCGGAGGCCUGUGAGCUGGAAUAGGCCGUGCGUCACACGCCGCGUGUGAACGUGCAUAGGGGGUCUCAGCUGAACACUUGUCUCUUACCUCCCUUGAAACAACAAACUUUGUCCUUUAGGACCUUGUUUUUUAGGGGAUAAAAAUUACAAAAGAUAACCUUUGAAUUUUAAGCAUUUUUUAAAAAAAUUCUGCUUUUAAUAAAUGCAACCUGAUU